AUGAGUGACGAGGAUGAGCCGCUCAACUUCUCGACAUCAAAAGAUCCAGAAGACACAAAGGAAGGGAUUCUUGGGGUACGGUCGAUUUUCAACACUCCUCUUCUGUUUCCACCUCCAAUUUUCAACGCAGGCGUGAUUUCUCCUCACAUUGCUGCCGCUCUAGCCAUGUCAUUCAAUCAACAGAGGAUGAACGCUAGCGUAUCACCACCAUUGGACCAUACCACUAUCAGUGUGAACAGCUUCCCCUCUAUGGGAUCAGUUAAGUCGGACAGUCCUCCAACAUCAUCGUCUCCAACGCUUUGCUGUGCAGUAUGUGGCGAUGUUAGCAGUGGGAAACACUAUGGCAUUCUUGCCUGCAAUGGGUGUUCUGGAUUCUUCAAGCGAUCAGUCAGAAGACGACUGAUCUAUCGAUGCCAAGCAGGAACCGGAAACUGUGUUGUCGAUAAAGCCCAUCGCAACCAAUGUCAAGCUUGCCGUCUCAAGAAGUGCUUGAACAAGGGGAUGAACAAAGAUGGUAUUCGUGAAUUUCAUAUAUCUGGAGAAUCGUGUCGAGUUUCAGCUGUACAAAAUGAGAGGCAACCUAGAAAUACGGCAACUAUCCGACCAGCAAUCGAUAUGGAUCCUCAGAACUUCUUUCGGGAGUAUGCAGGUGCUGUGUCCGCAAUUAUGGGACACUCAACAAUGAUUAAACGGGAAGAUUCACCAUCCAGUGCCAGUGAUGGUAAAACUGAAGAUGAGAAGAAAGACAGCCUCCAAGAAUCAGCACUAUCCCAUAUGGAGAGUAUUCUCCAGUGGGCCCAGCAAUUCCGUCUUUUUGCAGUUCUGACCGAGUCAGAAAAGCGUCAAAUUAUUCUGACCCAAUGGCCACGUCUCCUAUGUAUUGCAUUGUGUGAGCAGUCGGAAGACGCAUCGCUCGACGAGCACCUCGGCAGCAUCAUGCUCAAAUUCCGACGUUUAGACGUUUCGCCAGCGGAAUUCAAUUGUAUGAAAGCGAUCACCAUCUUCAUGAAACCCAACGAUGAUUCCGAGUACCAAUUCGAAGAACAACUCGACCAAUGCAUUUGCCUCCUCCAACAAUGCUGUUUGAAACUUGACUCGUCGCCUUCGAGAUUUGGAAAACUUCUUCUUCUCCUUUCUGAAAUUCAUUUCUAUCAAACCAGUAACCUUGAAUCACUUCUCGAUUCUAAAAUUUCUUUUCUUGUCUCGCGAUUCUUGUAA